AUGGGUCACGGCGGCACCCUUGACCCUCUUGCAUCUGGCAUCAUCAUCGUUGGGAUUGGUCGAGGAACAAAAUACUUGGCAGAAUAUCUUGGUUGUGACAAGACGUACGAGACAGUAGUUGCAUUCGGGAAGAGUACAGAUACGUACGAUACUGAUGGAACCGUCACCGGGACAGCGAACUGUUCGCAUGUCACGGCUGAACUUGUCAAUCGUGAAUUGCCUCAUUUCCUUGGCACUUUUCAACAGACUCCUCCGAUCUAUAGUGCGUUGAAAGUAAAUGGCAUAAAGGCAUGCGAGUACAUUCGAGCUGGCAAGGAGCUACCUAUUAAACUAGCGAGUCGAUCGGUGCAUGUCGACGAUUGCAUACUCCUCAGCUUCACGGGGUCUCGCGAGCAUGCACUCGUCUUGCCCGAAGAUGCUCUACUAACCAUGGCACCUACUGCUCGCAUUAGACUAAGUGUCUCUUCCGGGUUCUAUGUGCGUAGUUUUGCACAUGAUUUAGGGAUCGCAUGCGACUCUGCUGCUUGUAUGACGUCUUUGAAAAGAACGAGACAAGCAGAAUUCGUUGUGGAUGCUGCUGACGGCGUAAAAGGUGCUCGAUUAGCAAUCACACAUCAAGAACUGCGCUCAGGAGAACAAUCAUGGUGUUCUAAGCUGGAGACCCAACUCCGCCGUUGGAUGACCGAUCAUCCUGUAUCAAUCAAAAAACAUCACAACGGUCGGGGUGCCUGUCAAGAAGCCACAAGUGAGGGCUGCGCAGCUGCAAGACACCGGCAGAAGUUUCGCGGCGAGUUGAUGGCCCUAACAAAGACGGAUCGGAUUAAGCAAGCAGGGGGCAAAAGGAAAGGCAAAUACAAUCAACCAAAACUUAAGGAGACGUCCAUGACCUUUCAUCACGUUUGUUCAAACACAGCUCUGGCCUCAAUCCAACCCGGAUGA